AUUAAUUACAAGACGAUACAUCAAUAUAGUCCAUGACUUUACUGCAUUUCGGUCCGUGAUGUACAUAAACAUUGUUAAUUAAAAUGGAAAAGGAUUUGCUAAUUAAAGGAUGAGAAUUAUAUUCAAAUGAAUUAAAGUUCCGAUGUCACCAUGGCAACGGCGUUUGCAAUAACCGGCAUUCACAGGUCAAGGUUAAAAUAUUACCGCCCUAGCUACCAGAGCGAGUUACCGCCCAUUUACGAGGAUGCGGUUCAACGUCACCAAUUCAACUACAGUAACACAGUGCCAGGCAACGAUGAUUAUAUGUAUGUGCCAAAUUUUAUGCCAAAUGGCAGAUUGUACGAACAAAAUGAAAGGCGCGGAAAUUUCGUGCACGACUAUGAGGAAAUUGACACAGUGAACCCGUCACAAUUUACCGCAUCAAGACCGGGCGCCCAUUCAAAGACAGCUAACACAUCUAUGUUAGACGGAAUUAUGAGUAAUAGAUUCCAGUUGAAAAACAAAAAUCUGGACAGUAACUUACAAAACAGCUGUGAUAGUGCAAAUGUUGGCAACGCCGACGAACUUACAAAAACAGGAGAAAAGCCGGCAUCCUCAUUACGUAGGAGCAGUACUGUGUAUCAGGGACAUUCAUUGACAAAUGGUGAGACUUCAGUGAUAAAAACAAACGCAGAAACGACGGAGGAAACGAGUGCGAACAAAGGAUCCAGCUUUCAAUGGCCAAAAUUAAAACCAGACAACUUCAUAGAUCCGCAUUUCUGGUGUCCGGCGGAAAAGAAGAUUCAGAGACGAUGUUUUGUUGUGUGUUUUAUAGUACUGCUUCUAGUAAUUGCCAUUUUCGUGAUUGUGUCCCUUGAUGGCUGGAUAUAUUCUGCACGUGGAAGAGGCUUGGCUGGUAGAGAAAAACCCAUUCUCUUUGCGGCGCCACCACCAGGAUUUCCACCAGAUAACUUCACAGACAUCCGUCCAGACAACACUUGAAUGUAAUCUACAGUGCAACAUCUCUAGAUCGGAAGACUUAAAUAUGUUGACUUACAACUUGCUCUGUGAUGGUUGACAGAGUUUGUACUGUAGAUAUUUAGUAAAUGUUGUAUUUCUACAAAGCUGCUGACUAUUGAAUAUUUGUGUAGACUGAAAGUGUUGUAAGUCUUUGCAAAGGAUAUGACAUUGCUUCAACUUUUUACCAAUUUUUUGUUUUCAUCCACAACUCUUUUUAAUUCACAUGCCAACAGUCAUUCAAUAACAUAUAUUGACCCUCAAAUGUUUCGCUCUACUUUCAAACUGUAUUCACAGCAAUGAUGACACAAUAUUUUUCAAUUUUUGCCCUUUAAUGAUACAGUGCAUCAUUUGGUAGAUUUUUUUAUUAAUCUGCUGCAAUUCAAUAUAUAAUAAUUACACUAAAAAGGGAGGUAACUUGACAACACUGUCUUUGAAUAUCAACACUCCAUUGAUUGACUUUAUACAAUGUCAUCUUAUGUAUGUAAAAAAGGUCUAUAAUGCAUAAUUGCAGUUAUGUGGAAUUUGGAAAUUUUUUACCCAUUUUGUUAAAACCAUUUCAUAAAAUUUUCUUCAAAAAGAUACCAAACCAAAUAACAGAGUAAAACUUUGGUGGGUCAGUAAAUCUGCCAGUGCUUACUGUUUGUUUUACAUGGUUUCUCAUAAAUACAAGACAAUAUCUUUCAUAGUGUACAUCACUGGGUUGAAUAGAAGACUUCCCUAUUUUCUGAUUAUCUUAAUUAGUUUUGAAUUUUUCAACAAAAUCUUUCAGUUGUAAAUUUCAGCCAUUUUGGCUACCAAAUAGUUUUAAAAUUUUAAAUUUGGCUUAACCUGCUGAUGGAUUAUAAAACUGUUGGCAUAAAGUUACUGUGAAAUCAUGAAUAUUCACGAGGGAUUAAUUUUCAUAGAUUUUUGGGUGUGUCAAUCCAAGAAGUUAAAUCCAAAUGAACAAAUAGAAUACCUAUUUAUUUCAUUUUCAAAAUUUGAAAUUCACGAAUUCAAAUUCCCCCUCCCCCCACCCCGGAAAUAAUCUUUUUAGCCUAAACCACAAAAUUUAAUCCCCAUGAAAUUUAGUGAUUUCACAGUUUUCUUUGACAAAAAUUUUGUCAAAUCUGGAAGAUUAUGAUUGAUCAUCAGCUCAGAUUAUUCUAAAGUUCAAUAGACUGUAUGAGACCCACACCUCUGUUCACAAGUUGUGACUGUGGAUGACAGACGGAAAUCCAGCAAUCCUAAACUGAGAAUUCUUUGAACAAAUUCAUGAUAAUGGACAGACGGACAACAGACAUCCAGCGAUCCUAAAAGUUCACCAUUAGUACUACUUGCUGCGGUGAACUAAAAAAUCAGAUGAAAAUAAAAACCAUGAUAGAUCUGAUGAUAAUUUCAUGAAAUACUGUGCUUUAUCAAAGAGUACUUGAUAAUUUCUAACUGUUCAAGUGUACUUCAGCUAACAGAUAACAGUACUGGAAAAUUUCAGCACUUCCCUUUUCUAUAAGAAUGCAGGCCUGAAAAUGGUACUUUAAGAUAGAGAACUGUUGCACCUCCUUGACUGCAGUAGAC